UUAGAAAGUAGGGUUUAUGACCCUAAUUUUGAUUUCAAUUUCUCCGGUCUCUCUCCGGCCGCGUUCUCUUUGAUUCAUCAGCAACUGAGCCGCUGACCGCUACACGCCAGCCUCGCCACUGAAAGCGCAUACUUUCCUUUCCGGUCCCGUUGGAUUGUCAUGGAGCACGGGUCAUUCCAGGAUCAAUCACAGGCAACAUUUUCCUUUACAGAUGAAGAUCAUACGCUGGCAAAUUCACUAAGAUAUACUCUUAAUCAAGACCCCAGGGUAACAUUUUGCGGUUACAGCAUACCACAUCCAGCUGAUGCACGGGUGAACAUAAGAGUGCAGACAACUGGUGACCCUGCACGCGAGGUAUUGAAAGAUUCAUGCCAGGAUCUAAUGCUUAUUUGCCAGCAUGUUAGAAGCACCUUUGAUCAGGCUGUUAUGGAAUUCAAGAGCAAGAAAGGCCUAGAAUCAAUGAAUAUCAGACCAUAAGAUCUGAUCAUAUCAUAUUUCCCUGUAGAAAAACUUUUACUUGUCAGUCUAUCCACCCCUUAUACUCCGCUCAUGCUUACAGGUUGGCCAACAUGAGUGGGACUGUCAACGUUUUAUGCAUUUCUCAUUGUUGUUUCUUUCCAGUUGCUACUUGUUUGUUUGUGUCACCAGCUCUCAAUUUGGCUGGAAAGAGCAAGCCAAGGAGAUGAUCAAAGUCGGCCAUCAAUCCAGGGAGUAUGCUCAACCCUAGAUUGUGAUCCAAAAGAUUUAGAUACCUGGAGAGGAACACUUGGCAUUUUCCAAGUUUUAGAGGACUAUUUACUAGGCCAAAAUGGAAGAUAUAUUAUGGAACUCCCAUAUUGGGUUUGCUUCUCAAGAAAUGAAAUUAUGUUGCAAGUUUGAUUAA